UUCCUGAGCUUGGACUUUAUCUUCUGGUCCAGGUUCCUCAGAUGUAGUGUGCAUCACAGUCACCUGGAGGGUCCAUUGAUGGAACAUUUGCUCUUGGAUGGGGCCUGCCAGUGUGCCUUUCCAGAGGCGGUGACCUUCGAGGACGUGGCUGUGCACUUUACCCAGGCAGAAUGGGCUGGCCUCUCUUCCACACAGAGGGCCCUGUACAGAAGUGUGAUGCUGGAGAAUUGUGGGAACUUGACAUCCCUGGGAUACACAGUUCCCAGCUCUGCCCUCAUCUCACUUCUGGAGGGAAGGGACUUGCCUUGGGGCCUGGAGGCACAGGAUGACCCACCUGCAGAGAGGAGCACACACGUCUGUCAAGAUACCGAGACCAACAUUGGCAGUGAGCCCACAUCAGGACAGGGAAUUUCUGAAAGCAGAGCCGCGGUGUUGUCUUGUGGUCUGCAGAAGAUUGCUCCUCAGAGAAGCAACUUCCUAGGAACAUGUAAACUGGAGAAGCACCAGGGAAUCUCCACAAGGAAACAUGGUAGAGGAAAGGUUCCCAGAAUCCACUGUGAUGGGAAACCCUUCCCGUGUGAGGAAUGUGGGAAGUGUUUCAGCUAUUUUUCUCACUAUGUUAGACACCAGAGAAUCCACACCGGGGAGAAACCCUUUGAGUGUAAUGAGUGUGGAAAAGCCUUCAAUGGCAAUUCCUCAUUGAUUCGGCAUCAGAGGAUCCACACUGGAGAGAAACCCUAUCAGUGUGAGGAGUGUGGGAGAGCCUUCAAUGAUAACGCAAACCUGAUGAGGCAUCAGAGAAUCCACAGUGGGGACCGGCCCUAUCACUGCCAGGAGUGUGGGAAAGGCUUCACCAGUAGCUCUGAGUUUGUUAUACAUCAGAGAAUCCACACUGGAGAGAAACCUUACGCGUGUAAUGAGUGUGGAAAAGCUUUUGUUGGUAACUCACCGCUACUUCGGCAUCAGAAAAUUCACAAUGGAGAGAAACCCUAUGAAUGUAAUGAAUGUGGCAAAAGCUUCGGAAGGACUUCCUAUCUUAUCCAACAUCAGCGUAUUCACACAGGGGAAAAGCCUUAUUCUUGUAAAAUAUGUGGGCAAGCCUUCAAUUUGCAUAAAAAAUUAACUCAACACCAGAGAGUCCACAGCGAUAAGAAACCCUUUGACUGUGUAGCUUGUGGAAAAGCCUUCAGUGCUCAGGAACAACUAAAAAGGCAUCUGAAGACCCAUAUUCAAGAGUCUUCCUACGUAUGUGAUGAGUGUGGAAAAGUCUACACUAGCAAAAGGAGUCUUCUACAGCAUCAAAGAGCCCAUACUGGAAAGAAACCCAGUGGGUGUGUCAAGUAUGAAAAGACCUUUAGGACUUCUUCCCAGCUAGGUGACCUUGAGCAUGUCCACCCCGGAGAGAAACCUGCCCUGGACAUUUGUCGUUUUGGCCUCCCAGAGUUUUUUACCCCCUUUGACUGCUUCCGGAAGGGAGCAGAAGCAAUGGCGGCCAUGCUCCUGACAGCCUGGCCUCAGAAGUCGGUGACCUUUGAGGAUGUGGCUGUGUACUUCACCCCGACGGAGUGGGAUGGCCUGUCCCCUGCACAAAGGGCUCUGUACAGGGACGUGAUGCUGGAGAAUUAUGGGAAUGUGGCCUCCCUGGGAUUUCCACUUGUCAAACCUGCUGUGAUCUCACAACUGGAGGGAGGAGGUGAGCUGGGGGGCCCAUCUCCACUGGCUGCUGAAACAGGCACAGACCCUCCAGGCCUCUGGACUGAUAUUGAUACCCAGUCUGACAAUAAUAUGACAAAGGAAAUGAACAAAGAAAAACAUAAUACAUCAUUUGUACUUCAGGGGGACUUUUCCCAGGAAACAGACUUCUCAGAAGCCUAUAUUCUAGAAAAACAACAGCAGGAAGUCCACCUAGCAGUAAGUAUGAAGAAAGAAAACAGUGUGAUUGACGGAACAGUGAAAGAUGACGCAAGCCUCAUGGAGGAGUGUUUGUUUAGUCAGAGUCUAAACUUGAAUCAGUGUAAUACCAUCACCACCACUGGAGAGGAGCCCCCUGAGUGUACAGGACUGGAGAAAUCCUUAAGCUUUGACACAAAACUUAUCCAUCAUGAAAUAAGUAAUUCCAGGGAAAGACCAUUUGAAUGUGAAGAAUUAGUGGAAACCUUUAAGUAUAACUCUCAACUUCAUCAUCAAAACAGCUACCUUGGGGAGAAGCCCUAUCAGUGUAAGGAUUGUGGCAAAGCCUUUAGUGUUAAUGCAAAAUUAAUUUGUCAUCAAAGACUUCAUAGUGGGGAGAAACCCUUCAAGUGUGUGGAGUGUGGGAAAAGCUUCAGUUACAGUUCCCAUUACAUUACACAUCAGACAGUCCACAGUGGGGAGAAGCCCUAUCAGUGUAAGGUGUGUGGGAAAGCCUUCAGUGUUAAUGGGAGUCUAAGCAGGCAUCAGAGAAUCCAUACAGGAGAGAAGCCUUAUCAGUGCAAGGAGUGUGGAAAUGGCUUCAGCUGCAGUUCUGCAUAUAUCACACACCAGAGAGUCCACACUGGGGAGAAACCUUAUGAGUGUAAUGACUGUGGGAAAGCUUUCAAUGUUAAUGCAAAAUUAAUUCAACACCAGAGAAUCCACACUGGAGAGAAACCUUAUCAAUGUAAUGAGUGUGGGAAAGGUUUCAGGUGCAGUUCCCAGCUUAGGCAGCAUCAGAGCAUCCACACUGGAGAGAGGCCCUGUCAGUGUAAGGAGUGUGGGAAAGCCUUCAGUAAUAAUACAAAACUCUCUCAGCAUCAGAGAAUCCACACUGGUGAGAAGCCUUAUGAGUGUACUGAAUGUGGAAAAGCCUUUAGUGUCAAAGGGAAGUUAAUCCAGCACCAGAGAAUCCACACUGGUGAGAAGCCCUAUGAGUGUAAUGAAUGUGGAAAAGCUUUCAGGUGUAACUCCCAGCUUCGACAGCAUCUGCGAAUCCACACUGGAGAGAAGCCCUAUGAGUGUAAUGAGUGUGGAAAGGCCUUCAGCGUCAAUGCAAAACUAAUGCAGCAUCAGAGGAUUCACACUGGGGAGAAACCCUUUGAAUGUAAUGAGUGUGGAAAAUGCUUUACUUCUAAAAGAAACCUACUUGAUCAUCACCGAAUACAUACUGGAGAAAAACCUUAUCAAUGUAAAGAAUGUGGGAAAGCCUUUAGUAUCAAUGCCAAACUAACUAGGCAUCAGAGGAUUCACACUGGGGAGAAACCUUUCAAAUGUAAGGAAUGUGAGAAAGCGUUUAGCUGUAGUUCUGAUUAUAUUGUACAUCAGAGAAUCCAUACUGGAGAAAAACCCUUUCAGUGUAAGGAGUGUGGAAAAGCCUUCCAUGUUAAUGCCCAUUUAAUUCGGCAUCAGAGAAGCCACACUGGGGAGAAACCCUUCCGAUGUGUGGAGUGUGGCAAAGGCUUUAGCUACAGUUCUGACUGUAUUAUACAUCAGACUGUCCACACUUGGAAGAAACCCUAUGUGUGUAAUGUGUGUGGGAAAGCCUUCAGGUUUAGCUUCCAACUUAGUCAACAUCAGAGUGUUCACAGUGAAGGAAAAUCCUGAUGAGAAGGAUGUAGAAAACUCUCGAAAUUAAUGUUGAACUGAAUCAGGUACCAUGAGACUUACCCUGGUGGAAAACCCUGAGAGAGAAAUGAAUGUAUAGCAAUCUUUACAUGGCAACAAAUCUUUCUCAUUUUACUUAUUACAUUUUUAAAUCAGAAAUGAAGACCAGUUAAAAAGUAACAUU